GUCCCUUCUCCGCCAGCGCGCCACUCCGAUACCACCCGCAAUGAUCCCCUACCCAACAUGAAGAGAAAAGGCAGCGCCAACGUCGGGAGCAGACCUUCAAAGAGGCCUCGGCAAGCCGCCAACCAAUCUCCCACCGCCACAACUUCAUGCAUCCAACAUCCUGUGCUCGCCCGCCUUUACCCCAAAGUGGUUUCCCUACGCCACUAUCUGCUGUCACAACUACCAACGUCAUCCAAAAACAGACGACGAAAGAUUGCUCAUCUGGGCGUACAGCAGGUCCCUGACAACGGGGACGACAAGAAUGACAACAGCGUCGAUAUCUCAACAAGCGCCAUUGACACUGAAGUCGCCAAGCUGCUCGAUUCGAUUUUAGUCGGUGUGGCCUCCAAACACGUCACUGAUGCUACCAUUGUCACCGACAUUGCGAAAGAACACGACCAGGAUCUCCAGACCUUUUCGCAGCAACUAUCCUCUGGUUCCACAGGCGGCACCUUUAAGCCGGGGUAUUUUUUACAGGCAGAGAUUGUGGAUUUCGUCAUAUGGCGCCUCUUCCGCAGAUGCACUUCAUACAAGCCGUCUCAUCUUCUUUGCCGUGGAUUUCAACGCUCCGGCGGCCGCGGUCCUGAGAAAACCAAUCAUGUCAUACCCGGUAUGCAUUCGUAUCAAAGAAAUGCCAACGUAGAGACCUUGAAGAGCCCGGUAUGGCGUCGCCUACAUGCUGUGCUGGGCAAGAGCGGCGAGCGCAUCAUGAUGGAUUUGCUUACUGAUUGCGGCAUCUUCUCACCUUUGGAUGGCGGCCAUGGCAACUACUUUCAAUUGAGUGGGUUACCUCUUUCUGAAGUGCAAUCUGAGCUUGAUUUCGUACCCAUACCCAACGAAGGAACCUCUACAACGAAGACAUCGGAUCCGAGUAACGAGGUCCGGAGCCCAAGCUCGAUCAGCUUUGUUCGCAUCCGUAUGCUCUAUGCGCGUGCAGCGCUCAAUGGGAAAGGGGGCGUUCGAUUUGGGAUGCGGCAUAUACACGUGUUAAAUCGAUGCCCAGACCUUGAGAACAAGGAGCAAACAGUACAUAUCAUGCGAUACAUUUUCCCCCGGCAGUACGGCCUCCACAACGUAUUCACUUCAAAAGUGGAUAAGAAAGAGACGUCUAUGCCAUUCCAGGAUUACACCCUACGCGAAAAGGAAAUACAAAAAGCCAAGUGCAAGAAGUUGGGAGAAAAAGCAAGUGACCCGGUUCACAUGGCUAGAUGGAAAUCGCAUGUACCUAAAAGGCUUCGAGGAGAAGCAGUUGCGCUUGUUGAGAAGAUGCGCAAACUCAACAAGCGGUGCUCGUACGUGGAAUUGCUGCGCCAUUACUGUCCUAUCGAGGGUGUGCCCUUAUCAUCCAGGCCGGGGUGGAGAAAAAGCAUGCUGCAGCCGAUGGCGAUUCCUCCCCAGGGCGCAAACGAUGCAGACGAUGGCCAGAGGGAAAUUACAUCCCGUCCGCCCAACAAAAACCAAUCAAUAGAGCAAACCUGUUUCACAGAUCUGGCAUGUCCCACAGCGCAGGUUUCGGCGUUCUGUCGAGCAGUGAUGGCCAAAGUCAUACCGCAUGGGUUCUGGGGAUGCGAUCACAACAGGCGCAUUAUCACAUACUGGGUUGACCAAUUUAUUUGCCUGCGAAAGUUUGAAAGUCUCAAUCUGCACCAGGUUACGCAGAAGCUCCAGAUUUCGACUUUAGCCUGGCUCCGACCACCCGGUCAAGACACCACCACGGCCAAUAUGGCCAAAUCCGAUUCUGAUAAGCGCCUUGGAAUCUUCUUGGAGUUUGUGUACUGGAUUUUCGACUCCUUUCUGAUCCCGCUGGUGCGCUCCAACUUUCACGUGACCGAGUCCAGCGCGCAUCGCCAUCGGCUCUUCUACUUUCGGCACGAUGUGUGGAAAAUGCUUGCGGAACCGACGCUCUCGGAUCUCAGGCUCAAUGUGUAUGAGGAGAUGGAUACCGAGCGUGCGACGAGGCUGCUAUCGGUGCGACCCCUUGGGUUCAGUAAGAUUCGGCUGUUGCCCAAACAAAAGGGAGUGCGGCUUAUCACAAACCUUAAAAGAAGACAGCAAAUCACACGAAACGGUACGACGGUACUUGGCCGAAGUAUCAAUUCGGUCAUGACCCCAGCAUUCAACAUCAUAACAUUCGAAAAGUCGCUGCAACCCGACAAGUUUGGUGGUUCGCUUUUCUCUAUUGGCGACAUGCGUCCCAGAUUGACUGCCUUCAAGCAGGUGUUGCGAGAGCAAGGUCUGUUGGGGCAGCCCAUGUAUUUUGCAAAGGUUGAUGUGCAAUCGUGUUUCGACAGCAUUCCCCAAAAGCGCCUCCUCAGCAUGAUUGAAAGCCUAUUGUCCAUGCAGCAGUACCAGACGGAGAAGCACGUAGAGAUCAGCCCACUUGGCCGAUUGCAGCGAAUCGACGGGCAGUAUGUGAACCCUCUGCCCUUCAAGCGAUAUGUCGCGCGUGGAGCAGCCGCAGACGAGUCAAUGUCCUUUGAUCGCUUGGUGGAGGAGAAGUUUGUCGGAGAGAAGGCGAACACGAUAUUCGUGCAUACGGCUGCACAACAUGUUGAGACAAAAGAUGACCUGAUGCAGCUCCUUCGCGAGCACGUGGAACGCAAUGUCGUGAAAAUCGGCAAGAAGUUUUACCGGCAAAAGAAUGGCAUUCCGCAGGGUUCGGUGCUCUCGACCAUCCUUUGCAAUUUCUUUUACGCGCAACUCGAACAGGAUGUUUUGGGUUUUGCGCGCGGCAGCGACUGUGUGUUACUCCGGCUGCUCGAUGAUUUUUGCUUGAUCACGACGAGCCGAGAGAAAGCGGAGAGGUUUGUACAGGUGAUGCACCGCGGGCAGCCCGAGUACGGCGUUGUGAUCAAGGCUUCGAAGUCGCUGGCCAACUUCGAUGUGACGACGGAAGACGGAAAGCGCAUCGCCAGAUGCGGCUCGGGUGUAAGGUUUCCUUACUGUGGCGUUCUCAUCGACAUGCGCACCCUGGACGUCAGCAAAGACGCGGAGCGGGCAGCACUGACUAAUACUUCGGACAGCCUGACAGUGGAUUUGGGAAAGGUGGCGGGACAGUCCUUCCACCGGAAAGCACUCAAUGCAUUCAAAAUCCAGCUGCAAGCCAUGUUUAUUGACACGUCGUUCAAUAGCGUGCCGACGGUGCUGGCCAACCUGUACCAAAGCUUUCACGAGGCGGCGGUGAGGUCCUUUGAAUAUGCUCGUAGCCUGGCCAAGAGCAGACCACUACACCCCAGGUUGCUUAUCGGAACUGUGGAGAGCACAAUUGCACUUGCGUUUGUGAUGCUUCGACGACGGACACGCAACAAAGCACAACGAGUAGCGGAGCAGAUGCGGAGUGUCAUUACUCGUAGGCAAGUGCAAUGGCUGGCCUGCAAGGCCUUCGACGCUGUGUUUCAGCAGCGACAGACGCAGCACCGAGCGCUGCUGGAGUGGCUUCGGGGCUCGCUAGCAGCGGUCCGCCUGUCCAAAGGUGUGGAGAGGGACAUGCUCGAGGCAGCCGUCGACAGAGUAACAGUUCGGUGA